CCAUGUACCCAUUCAAAAUUUUGAAAAAUUCGCGAAAAACAAGAAAACGGUGCUUUUUCCAUAAGACACCAUGUAAGUCUCAGCCUCCUUGCGACGUUGCCCUUUUUGUGCGCCCAGGCCUUUUACUAUAGGUGGUGUUGAAUCAGCUCUGUAUGAAUUGAAUUUUUUUCUAUUCCCUAUAAUACUAUGGUCGAAGAAAUUUUCAAAGCACGUGCAUGGUUUGUCUUGUAAAUUUGUUUCACUACUGAAUUUUAAGUAAUUACUUAUCAGUGCGUUUUGAUGAAACCUUUCACCUUUCAAUAUCAUAUUUGUGAAAUGUAAACAAACGAAAUUGAUUAGCCUGUGAUCAAUCAAAGUUUUCUAGUAUGAACAAUUCGCGGUAAUUAGUUUCAAAGAUUCAGAGCACCUAUAUACCUAUAACAUUGAGCGUUUUCAGUUCGAUUUGCUAAGUUAGAGCUCAUCUAAUUGAAUUAAACUAGAUAAUAUCAAGAAUCGACGUGAUUACGAAAAAUGGUGAACGAAAUCGGAUACUUGAUUAAAGUCAACAAAGAUGGCAGUAAAGCACUGGAGCGUCCUGUUUUCCAAGAUUGUCUUAUUGGUAGCAGUGACGAUUGCGAUUUAAAAAUCGUCCCUGCGGAUGUCCAUGUUCCGAUGCCGUAUUGUCGUAUCAAAUUUACAAAUAACGAGAUGUGUAUAUUCAGCCUCGCUUACUUAAAUACUGUUUACGUAAAUGGAAAACAAGUUCCCGUUUACAAUGAUGGCCAAGCUCUAAAAGACAAAGAUAAAAUCGUUAUAAACUACGAUCAUAUGUUCGAAUGGAAGACCACCGCUGAUCAACCUCCUGAUGAAGCAUCAAUGAAUGUUUCCUCGCCGAUGGAAACGGAUACUUAGAUAGGUCAUGGCGAUAGUUUGUUUUGUUUUUUAUAUAAUGCGUGGAAAAAUAAGCCUGAAAAAAUUGAACGUACCGUAUUGAAAGUUGAAAUGAAAUUAGGUGACACUAAGGAAUUGUUGAAAGCAUUUUGUUCGAAGUUUGGAAAAGUGCAAAGAAUCAUUUCACUUGAUUUUUCUGAAAAGAAAUUUGCUUUCAUUUAUUUUAAAAAAUCCACCGCACUGGCUAAAGCUUUGAAAAGCCCGAUAAAUGAUAAAAUUUUUUACAAGUUGAAUAUUGAUUCCUGGAAGGCCUUAUCGAGCAACGAACUAAUCGAGGAAUUGAAGUCAUCAAUGAAUACAAGAAAAGUUGUUUAUGAUAUGUUCUGCGACGCGAAGAAUCCGUUGGAAUUGAGCAAGCUGAUUGUGGAUGAUAUUACAAAGUUAUGCAAGAAAGCAUGUGUCCGCAUUACUUCAGUACCCGUGAUGUUUUUCAUAGAUUUAUUACUGAUUAAGCUUGAAGAAAACACGGAUGAUGAUCCUAUAAGCAGUUUAGGUUCUGCAGAUGAAAUAAGAGAAGGCAAUUUUCCUAUUCCAUUGUCGCUUCCGGUCCCACCUCUAAAAUUUAAACCAUCAGCACCGAUGGGAAAACAGCCGAUUAUUACUACAACAAAGGUUACCAAAGUACCAAACGCAGAACGAGAACUUUUUGUACCUCUAGGUUUUAACCUUUUUGAUAACGAACCCCUACCACAUGUGGAUGAUCUUGAAUAUACAGAGUCGGAUGACAAAAAAUAUAAAGCGUUCGUUGAAAUGACAAAUUUACUUGAAAAAAUGUCACGUUUAAACGAACCCUGGGCUACAUACGCUCUAAAUGCAAUUGGAAUGUUACCCGAUAAUGAGGAUUAUGAAAACAUUCAGGCUAAAGAAGUUCUGCCCACACCUACCAAGAAACGUAAACUAAGUCGGCCGUCAUCUAGUUCCAGCAAGACAUCCCAAUCAUCAGGGGUUUCUGAUGAACUGGCUGACAAAUUAGGAAUGAUUUCAUUCGUUAGUUUUGAAGAAAGUAAUGUUACACAGAUAUCCAAUGAUAAACUGCACGUAGACGUCUUAAUUAUUUGCGAAAGUAUUGAAAUGUGUCGUUGCUUAAGUGUAACGUUUGGGAUUAUCAAUAUCGAUGAAAUUGUAGUGGAUUUUAGGAAUCGUAAAGACGAGUCGAAGAAGUUUACGUUUAGGAGCUUCGGAAUAAAACGCGAUUUACGUGAAUGGUGGUGUAAAAAAAUAGCUGAACGGAAGCAUAAAAUUUUCCGGAUGUUACAAACUCGGUACUCCGAGUAUUUGGCAACGGGCUGGAAUAACAUUGCUAUAACUUGUUGCCCGAAUGUUACUUCCAACACAGUUGCUAAUUUCUACGCGUACUUGGGUACAUCAGAUCAAGUCCGCUCCUUGAAUAUGGAUCUGUAUUCGUGUGCUGUCCGGUACGACCCAGAAAAUCUGUUUCUAAGUGGCGUCGAAGGUCUUACUACAAUAAUAGAUCACGCAUUAGGCAAACGUGUUUCUAUACCAAUGCGAUUACGGUUUUGGAAGAAAUAUUAUAAUGUAAAUGUAAGCGCAAUUUGUAUUAUACCUUUUUUUGUAUUACGAAGUUUAUCUGAAGAAAGUAUUCAAAAACAUACUCGUGAAAUCCACUUUAAACCCGAACCUUUAUUAUUUAAAGUUGAGUGAAGCUUAUUGUUAUAUUUUUUGAUUAUUACCAUAAUUUCGUGAUUUCUUGUGAUAAUUUGUACCUCAUGUAAUUUUCCAUGUUUUUGAAAAGAUAAAUUACUUAGUAAGGUACCUCUACCUAUAGCUUUAUAUUUCACAGAACUGAUGAUGAUUUUUUGCUUGAUCGUAGUUAAUAAUAUAUGAAUAAUCAAUGUUUA